GCCAGCCGGACCACUUCGCUUGUGUUUUGUGAGAAUGCAAAGUGAUUGAUUUUUCUUUUUUUGGGACACUUGGAUUAACAGUCGCACCGCAGGCUAGGAUCCAUCUUGUUUUCAUGGCAACGGAUGCUGCCGCCAACUCUUUGAAUGUACAGCAAUGACUGAAGCAGAAGUGCGGUCAUCCACUAGCACCACCACGAUGGUCAUCGAAGGCAAAAACGGCGAUGCCGGCUCACCGCCCGCCGCCGCCGCCCAACGGACGUUCACCGACGACAUUUACUCGACAUUCAGCUCACCGCUGGCAUGGAUACUCGUGCUGGCCCUCGUGAUCACGUGGUCAUGCGUUUUUGUGAUCAUGUUCGACUUGGCUGAUUAUAAAACAAUCUCAGGAGGCCUUGGCAAGAUCGGCUCAGACCCGGGCAAAGCGGUCAACGACAUGGUGGAUCGAAUCACCAACUCCGUACACACAGUCCUCAAAUUCAUCGCUAGCCUUGUUGCCCCUGACGACGACGAUGGAAAUCUUUACGCUGUGAGAAAAAAAGGGGAGUUUCUGCCAUCCCGAAGUAAAGUCAUCGGGAUGCAAGUAAAGAAGUCACAACCUGCGGUUGAAGUGGUCCAGGAGGAUGAAGAGGAGGAUGAGGGGUAUGAGGAGGACUAUGAGGGAGAGGAAGAGGAGGAGGAAGGGGAGUAUGAGGAGGAAGAAGAGGAGGGGGAGUACGAGGAGGAAGAAGAGGAAGGCGAAGAAGGGGAGGAAGAAGAGGAAGAGGGGGAGUAUGAAGAGGAGGAAGACGAUGGAGUUGGUAUAAAAGAAGAAGAGGAGGAAGCUGCUGAAGAAGAUAGGGAACUGGAAGAGGAGGAGGAGGAAGAUGAAGCAGCUGAAGUUGAGAUGGAGCUGGAGGAGGAGCAUGAAGAUGCAGUGGCAGAAGAAGUUGAUGCAGAUCUUGAGGAGGAGGAGGAGGAUGGGGAUGAAGAUGCAGUGGCAGAAAAAGUUGAUGCAGAUCUUGAGGAGGAAGAAGAUGCAGUGGCAGAAGAGGUUGAUGCAGAUCUUGAGGAGGAGGAGGAUGGGGAUGAAGCAGCUACAGAUGUAGUGAAAGAGUUGGGAGAUGAGGAUGAGAAGGUGGCUGCGGAGGAGGAGGAAGAAGAGGGUGACGAAGAAGAGGAGGAGGAAGAAGCUGAAGCCACUGCAGAGGAAAAAGAGGAGGAAGAGGUGGUCACUGAUGCUACUGAAGAUGAAGCCUCCGAACCUGAGACUGAUGAGGAUCAUGAAGAUGAGACGACGGAUGCUCAGGAUGAAGAUGAGGCCCCUGCCCUUGAGACGGAUGAAGAUGAGGGUGAAGAGGAGGAGGCGGCUGCUGCUGAGGAAGAUAAAGAUGAAGCUCCUGCACUUGAGACGGAUGAAGAUGACGGUGAAGAGGAGGAGGCAGCUGCUGCUGAGGAUGAUGAAGAUGAAGCCUUCAAACUUGAGAGUGAUGAAGAUGAUGAAAAAGAGGUCACAUUGGCUGCCGAGGAUGAAGAUGAGGUCGGCACACCUGAGAUGGACCGAGAUGAUGACACCAAAGAAGAAGAAAGAGAAAUUGAUGAAGAUGAGGAGAAAGACACAAUUGCCAUCUCUGACGAUGAGGAUGCCGAUGAAUACUUAAAAGAGGAUGAGGAAGAUGAGACAUUCCCUGACGUCUCUGAUCUUCAUCUUCCGCCUAGUGACGAAGAUGCCCUUCAUCUUGCUCCUGUUUCUGAUGAAGAUGAUACUGAAGAUCAGGAAGAGGAUGAGGAACUUCCUCUCAGAAUCGAUGAAGAUCUCAUUCCAUUCCCACCAUUUGAUCUCGAUGAUGAAGACGACGAGGAAGACCUUCUAGAUGUCCAUAAACUUGAUGAUGUCACUGAUGAAGAAGAUGACGAGGAUCACCUGGAGGACCUUUUUGUAGUGAGCCAAUCAGAGAGCCUUGAUGACCUCAAACCUGAUGAUGCCACUGAUGAUGAUGAUGAUGAUGUUGAAGAUCUCCUGGUUGAUUUUGGCCAAUCUGAUGAUGACCACAAACCUGAUGAUGUCACCGACGAAGAGGAAGAAACAACACUUCCUCCUUUGGAUGAAGAUGACGAGGACGAUGAAGACUCACUCCCGCUAACCUUGGAUGACGAAGAAGCACCUUCUCUUGACCUAGAAGAUGACAUCACACCAGAGGUUGAAGGAGAGCUACCAGCUGUCACUCAACAUGCGCCUCUAGAUGUGGACGAGCCAGGCCCACUUGAAGGCGAAGAAGAAAAAGCAGAAAAGGAGGAGAAAGAUGAAGAGGACGACGAAGAAGAAGAUGAGGUGACAAAACCUGAACCCGAAGCACCUUCAGCGUGUCCUUGCACAAGUACACCCAAGGCUAGAGUGUCUGCCAUUAGAAGCUCCAAAAAGAAAGAAUCGAAAGCGGUGAAGACUACAGAAAAACCUAAAAGAUCAGUUCUUCCCCGAGUCGCCAGUCUGGAGCCAAAACCGAGACGCAUCAGGAGAAUCCCGACUCUUCUGAAAACCAAAAAAGAAGAAAAAAGCAAAAAGACCAAAACAGAACAACCGGCUGAAAAGGAGACUCCCAAACCAGAACAAGUCCCAGAACCAGUGCAAGAUGUGGGUCCUUGCAGACCAGCACCGGUCUACUGUCCGUCCCCUCCCGGCUGGUACGUUCAUCAGAUCGUGACGGACACCCCGUACCCUCCUCCGUCCGCCUCGGGUUCCGCUGCUCCGGUUCUGACUGCUCAUCCGAUCCACCCGCCGCCGCUUUACCAAGCGCACCCGAUGAUGGCGCCGCUGUACCCUCACUACCCGCAUUAUGCUCCGCCCAUGCAGCACAUUGGGCCGCCACCACCGGAGCCAGUCGAACCAAUGCAACCAUUUGAAAAAGCACAGCCGGUUCAACCAGUUGAACCGGUUCAACCUGUCCAACCAGCACCCCAAGCAGAACCGGUCCAGGUGGUGGAGCCCGUCCAAUCAGAAGCUGUAGAACAAGCUCCUCCCAUUCAGCCUGAGGUCCAGAAAGAAGAAGAAAUGGAACCAGAAGUCAAAGCAAAAGCUGAAUCAGAGAGUGUCAAAGAAGAUGAGACGAAGUCAUCAGUAAAGAAAGAAGACAUGAAGAAAAAAACAACAAAGACAGUUGAGGAGCGGAAAGUUGAUGUACUUACAAAACGCAAAAUGAAAGCUACAGCUACAAAGACAGCUGUAAAAUCACGAAGCAAAAGUGCAGCUGCUCCCCCGAAAAGAGAACCAGCAGUCGCAAGACGGACAAGAAGCUCAACUACUUCAUCAAAGACAGAUGCCCUCAAGAGUAAAAGUAGGACAUCCUCUAAGGCGAAAAGAGAUCAAGUAGCGGCAAGUUCCAAAUCGACAGAAGCGCAUUUGCAGCCCACCAAGCUGCGAAGCGGAUUGUCGGACAUUUUGAAGAAGACAAAUGUGACGGACAAACUUGACCGAUCUUCGGUUAAGACCAGAGCAACGUUGCUAACAAGCAAGAAAGGCAAAGCCAAUCAAGCGGAAGAACAAGAAAGGUCCUUAAAGGACACUAAAGACGAAAAGGACAAAGAACCGCCACAAACCGAAACGACAGAAGAUGAAAGUACAGAGAAGAAGAAAUCAGGUCAAAGAUACUUCCAGUGUGUUUACGUACCCGGCAAAAAUGCGCAGUAUCCCCUACGACCGUUCAGCCCGGCCGUUCCGCCCGCUCUUAAGUCGCUAUUGGAGCAGCAGAGGGCAGCCAGGACCACGGGGCAGUAGGGCGGCCUCCACGGUGCCCCAACUGAACGUCGUACUACAAGGGACUCGUUUCCAUUCACAGCAUCAAGGACUGAAGUAUUUUUAUUUAUUCCAUAUUUUUUAGUCAAAACAGUCAAUAUAAUUAGCGAAACGACAAAAUUAGUAAUUUACUACAUGUGAUUGCAUCACUUGUUGCUAGGAGGAUUUAAAAAAAAAUGGGUACGAAAUACAAAAAAAAACCGAACAGUAAAACUGUAGCACCAUCUGCUGGAUCUGAUGGGGCACUACAUCAUUUGCCCCUAAUACUAAAAGUUAUAUUUUAAUUAUUAGAGCGUCAAACUCGAGGAGGCUCAUUUUAAACCUGCUUCCAAACAAAUGCUAACGAUGCUAAUGCUAAACAAACAAGGGCGUCAAUAGCAUAAAACGAGUUUACUCGACAAAACAAUCCGAUAUUCACUGAACUCCGUAGAUGUCACACGUACAGCUAAUUUAGCAUUAGCCAUACUAGCAUCAUGUGUUCAGAGAAGGAAUGUCGACCAACUCUAACCGAUCGUGUUUAACAGUCGGGGGCGAUCGGUGACGUAUUUUCUACGACUGUACAUCGGAGCAACACGGGCGACCAUGUCGGCUACAAAGUUCAGCGUCGCCGCAUGUUAGCUAUCGAUGUCUUACUUGAUCGUGAAGAGUUCAGAGCGGAACUAGCCUCAAUUUUCUGAGUCUUAAGACGUGAGUGGACUUGAUGACAAAAGACUUGACAAAUUAGCGUGUUAACAUAUUAGCAUGCUAGCACUUUUUAAACAGGAAAUGCAACAACAAGUGCUUUAUGUGAGAUUUAUCAUCAUAAAAUUUUGGUGAAAACGGUUUGAAUUCUAUAUUGUUGAGGUUAGCGUUAGCAUCACGAUGCUACGAUGCUAAGGAUCAUUAGCUUCCCGCUGAGCUAGCUGCUAACAAGCUAGAUUUUUUUUCGCUGCUGCUUGUUUUUAGGUCACAAAAUGUUUGAAUUUGAACAUUGUUUCACAUUUGACAAUAAUCAUAUAAAUAUUGAUGACGCUAAUAAUGGAGGCAUGUGUGAAUUCAGAUGUGAAUACUUUUGUUUUUAUUUAAUUUUUAAGAGUUCAUACAAGUUGAAAGAGGAAGCGGUUUGUUGCACAAGUUCAUGUUCCUUUAAAUAUGAAACAUAUGAACCAUCCACUUUAACAAAGAGGCAUCAAAUAUUCAUAUUACAAAAUAAAUUAUAACACUGCUGCUGUUUUUUUUUUUGGUCACUUAUUCACAAAGAAACAAGAUUCAUUUGAAUAAAACCUUAAGUCGUGUGCCACGAGUCGAGUAUUUGUUAUCACAUUCAUAAUACGAACUACUCUUUGUGUGUUAGGAAACUAGUACGCACAUUUGUACUUUAAACAAUUAUAAAAAUAAGACAAUUUAUUUUUAUUUAAUAGCAUGUUAUUACGCAAGUACAAUAGUACUUGCGUUUUCUGGGUGAAAUACGGAGCUCCUAAAGGGACAUCGACGGAAAUAAAAUAAAUUUAAACCAUCUGGUGCACACCAGAAACAAUUUGUAAGCAUCAGCAUUGUGUAGCAUUUAAGCUAGCGGACUUUUCUAUGCAAAUUAACCAAUUGUUCUUUUGUAAGAUCUUCAUUUAGUAAUUUUAUUAUAUCGUUUUAGACGAAGCUCAGGCGCGCAUCGGACAACAGCAGUUUUGGCGUGCUAAAAAUGAUGAUACAGGAUUUAGUUGAGCUUUACUUUAAUCUUGGACUCAACUAGCGCUCGAGCUUAGCUUUAAAUAAUAUAUAAAUAAUUAAAUAAAUAAAUAAAUAAAGGAGGAUAUUACAAAAGAACAAUUGGCUAACUUGCAUAGCAAAGGUCCGUUAGCUUAAGUACUAUAUAAUGCUAACGUUUAUGAGAUUGUUUCUGGUGCGCAAC